AUGGCGGUUGUGCUCCAGGGCAAUAUAAAUCGGAGCCGAGUUGCCCACGACCUCCUGGCGCAGAUCUCGCUCGAGAAAGCUGCUGAUAUAAUUCUUAUCAGUGAGCAAUAUCGAGCGAGAGAUGGUCCAGGAUGGUAUGAGGACACUCUUGGUACGGCGGCAAUAUGGAUCCCGAAUCAGAAACGAUUUCCUGUUGCUGACCAUGGAUCGGGCAGCGGGUUUGUUUGGGUGAAGAGCAGCGAAGUGACAUAUGUCAGUUGUUACUUCACUCCGAAUGAACGAAUUGCGGACUUUCAGGCUAAACUUGAUGGCCUGGAGGACGCUGUCCGUGAUAUGGAGGGUAAACUGGUAGUGGCUGGAGAUUUUAACGCUAAAGCGUUAGAAUGGGGGGAGCCUUGGCCGGAUUCUCGGGGUGGGAGGCUCUUGGACAUGGUAUCGAGAGUAGGGCUGGUGGUGUUAAACACCGGCUCGUCAACCACUUUCCGGAGGCCAGGCUACAGGGAGACAAUUAUAGAUGUCUCUCUGUCCACGGAACGCUUGGCAUCGCGUGUCGAGGAAUGGAUGGUGAUCGACGACUAUACAGCCAGUGAUCACCAGUACAUUACGUUUCGCGUAUGUGAUGUAAUCCCAGUCCGGAGCAAAACACCAAAAGCUCCUGCCAAGUGGAACGUUAACAAGAUGGGAUACCUGAUGACUUGCCUUAGAUGGGAUACCUGA